AUGGGAACUUCCGCAGAAGAGAUAGUUCCCCAACGCGGGGAAUGGCCCGUGGACCCUCAAGAAGACAUUCCGAUCUCAGAAAAACGCGUUUGGGUGGAUGGAUGCUUUGAUUUUAGCCAUCAUGGUCACGCUGGAGCCAUGCUUCAGGCCCGUAGAUUAGGAGACGAACUCCUAGUUGGCGUACAUUCAGACGAAGCUAUCCUAGAGAACAAAGGCCCAACUGUCAUGAUACUGAAGGAGCGAGUUGCCGCAGUAGAAGCAUGUCGGUGGGCGACAAAAUGCGUGCCCUUUGCGCCAUAUGUCACGUCUCUGCCUUGGGUAUCGCACUACGGCUGCAAAUACGUCGUGCAUGGUGACGAUAUUACAUCAGAUAGCAACGGAGAUGACUGCUAUCGAUUUGUCAAAGCUGCCGGUCGCUUCAAAGUGGUCAAGCGAACACCCGGUAUCUCCACCACGGACCUCGUGGGUCGAAUGCUUCUCUGUACGAAGGGACAUUUUGUCAAGAGCGUCAAAGCCACACUCGCAGGGAAGGAGGGGUCUGGAAGCGAGGAAGAGCGCGCAGGCUAUGCUACGUAUCUUCAAGACAGACUCAAGGAUUAUGCGACCGAUGAGACCGGUCUACGUCCGGGUCCUCAGGUCUGGGUCUGGGAAGGUUCAAAGACCGCGAAACUCGAAGACACGGCGGAUGAGCCCGGGAAUUUUGAUAGCCUCGUUGGUGGGAAACCGCCGAUGCCCGGCCAGCGAGUAAUCUAUGUCGACGGAGGCUUUGAUCUAUUCUCUUCGGGGCAUAUCGAAUUUCUUCGUCAGGUUCUGGCCAUUGAGGAAGCCGAAGGCCGAGGACGUGGGUGGUACGACGAUGCCCGAAGAGAACAGAGGCUUAAAGACCAUGGAGAAGAUUAUGGCCCGGCCUAUGUAGUUGCUGGUGUCCACGAUGAUGAUGUGAUUAACCACUGGAAAGGGCUAAAUUAUCCCAUCAUGAAUAUCUUUGAAAGAGGCCUCUGCGUCCUCCAGUGUCGUUACAUUCACGCUGUCAUCUUUUCCGCUCCGUUUUCCCCAAGCCAAAAGUAUCUCCAAGCUAUGCCUCUGGGCCAACCCGACGCUGUCUACCAUGGGCCCACAACCUUUAUUCCUCUCACAUAUGACCCCUAUACCGCCCCGAAGCAAAUGGGCAUCUUCCGCGAAACAACCGAGCACGAUUUCCAACACGUUAACGCCGGCGAGAUAGUGGACCGUAUUCUUAAGAGUAGGGAGGCAUAUGAAGCAAGGCAGCGCGCGAAGCUGCAAAAGGGUGCCCUUGAAGAAGAAUUCAAGUCACAGGAGGUGUUGAAAGAGGCAGAGGCUUGA